AUGCCAGACAGCUGGAAUAUAUCUUCAGACAGCCUAGAAGCAAGAGCUAUAAGCAUUAUUGUGCCUGUAGUCUUUUCCCUCAUCUUCCUUGUAGGCACAGUUGGGAAUAGCCUGGUGUUGGCUGUGCUGCUACACAAUGGAGAGGUGAAAUAUAACACUACAAACCUGUUCAUCCUCAACCUGGCAGUGGCAGAUCUCUUCUUCAUUGUCUUCUGUGUCCCAUUCCAGGCCACCAUCUAUGCUCUGGAUGGAUGGCUCUUUGGUGCCGUUGCCUGCAAAGCUGUGCAUUUCUUCAUCUACCUUACCUUGUAUGCCAGCAGUUUUACUCUGGCAGCUGUUUCGGUGGACAGAUAUUUGGCUAUUUGCUACCCACUGAAAUCUCGGAAUCUCCGUACCACUUGCAAUGCAGUCCUUGCUAUUAUCAUGAUUUGGACCCUCUCCGUGCUUUUUGCAGGACCCUAUCUCAGCUAUUACGAAACCAUUAAUUAUCAGGAGACGUUCAUCUGUGCCCCUGUUUGGGAGGACAAACACCGGAAGAUCUUAGACAUCCUCACUUUUGUGUUUAGUUAUAUCCUCCCUAUCUCUGUUGUUAGCCUAGCUUAUGCCAGAACCAUCAAAUUCUUGUGGACUGCUGUAGACCCUCUGGAAGGACUCUCAGAGUCCCGCAAAGCCAAACGGAGGGUCACCAAGAUGAUUAUUGCAGUGACUAUCCUCUUCUGCUUGUGUUGGUUACCCCACCAUCUGGUAAUCUUGUAUUUCUGGUUUGGUUAUUUCCACUUUAACCAAACUACCUUUGCCUUACGCCUAGCUUCUCAUUGCUGCUCAUAUGCCAAUUCCUGCCUCAACCCAAUUGUUUAUGCUCUCAUUUCCAAGCACUUCCGCAAGAAGUUCAAGCAAGUCUUCACUUGUGUUCUUGUCAAGACAAGAAGAAGUGAACUGACAAUAAAUCCAAGUGGCCAGUGCUGCUGAUGGUUUCAUUAACCAGACUGCAGGUUUCUUUGGUGGAAACACAAAAGUAGCAUGACUUAAUGAAGAAAAUAUGAGCUGUUGCAUGGACCUGUUGGUAAGAACAUGGGAAGACAUUCUUCCUGAGAAAUGGCUCUAGCAUUUACAAGACAUUAUCAUAUUUGAACAGAAAUUACAAAAGGACCAAAAAAAUUCUGGAACUAUCAACAGUCACCUCAUUGAGUGCAACAUGGACAACAGUAAUUUUAAAAUAUUAAUGGCAGAUGGCAUCAAUUAUACCUUCUCAGCAUGACUACCAUAUUUUCAUUCAACUCAGGCUUGGGUCGGUGGAGGAUAGAUUGACUCAAAUUACGGUAGUUUUCCUCAAUGCAACCGAAGUAUCCCAAUUCCUUAGAGAACAGCUUGAUAUUACUUUAGACCAGGGGUGUCAAACUCGAUUUCAUUGAGGGCCACAUCAA